AUGCUUCAUAGACUGAUUAACAACAUCACUGAGUCAAUGCUGGCUGAAUCGCAGUGUGGAUUUAGGAAGAAUAGGAGCACGAUUGACAUGAUCUUCACAGCCCGGCAGCUUCAGGAAAAGUUUGGCUGUCCCAAUAAAUUUCUUAACAUCCUCCGCCAGUUCCAUGAUGGGAUGACUGCUCGGGUGUCCAUAGGCGGACAAGAGUCCGAGCCCUUCCUUGUGCACACAGGGGUGAGGCAGGGGAGGCUACACGCAACUAAAAAACUCUGUAGAGAGCGGGUUCUGGAGCUGCAGUAUUCAGACGACUGUGCUUUUGUGGCCCAUACUCCAGAGGACCUUCAAACUGUCCUUGUUGUGGCGGUUAGGGCGUACAGCAGGAUAGAGCUCACUGUCAACUCCACCAAGACAGAAGUGGUUUGCCAAUGGAGUACCAAUGUCCCACCCACACUACCUGCCUUCACUGUCAGAGAUGAACACCUGUCAGUAGUGCCAUCUUUUAAAUAUCUGGGGAGUAUUCUCGCUGAGGACUGUGGCAUCGACAACGAAAUCCAGAACCGCAUUAAACAGGCAUCAGUUGCCUUUGGGAGACUUCAGCGUAGAGUCUUUCACAACAAGAAUCUUCAUCCCUCCACAAAGCUCGCCGUAUACCAAGCGGUCUGUGUCACCACCCUCCUUUAUAGCUGUGAAGCUUGGGUAACCUACAGCCGUCACAUCAGGUCCCUAGAGCACUUCCAUAUAAGCUGCCUUCAGCGCAUUCUGGGAGUUACCUGGCGUGAUCAGUGCUACACGGCCAGCUACAUCAUGGUCGACGUUCAGCUGGGCGGGCCCAAGAAGCGAUAUAAGGAUCAGAUGAAGAACACCUUGAAGAAGUGUAAGACCAGACCCGAGGACCUGGAGGAUGUUGCUGCUGACCAGUGCUACACGGCCAGCUACAUCAUGGUCGACGUUCAGCUGGGGGGGCCCAAGAAGCGAUAUAAGGAUCAGAUGAAGAACACCUUGAAGAAGUGUAAGACCAGACCCGAGGACUGUGUGGUGGAAGCGUGUGUUCUUCACGGCCUGAAGCGACGGGCCGCUGGUUUCCUGCGCAGCAACAAGCUGACGGCUCUCUUCAUGAAGGUGGGGAAGAUGUUUCCACCAGCCGAGGAACUCUGCAGAAAAGUUCAGGAACUGGAGCAAAUCAUCGAGAACAAACAAAAUCAGGGUCAGAUGAGUCAAGAGAGCGUCCGGAAACAGCCCAGGCCACUCAGCCUGUCGCCGCUGGCCAUCAAACACCUGUGGAUCCGCACGGCGCUCACACAGAAGCUGCUGGACAAAAUCGUCCUGUACUUGGUGGAGAACAGCAGCAAGUUUUAUGAAAGAGAAGCUCUUCUGAGAGAUCCAGUUGACGGGCCAAUCCUCGCAUCUUUGCUUGUCGGUCCCUGUGCUUUGGAGUACACAAAAGCGAAGACGGCCAAUCAUUUCUGGACAGACCCCUCGGCUGAUGAACUGGUGCAGAGACACCGCAUUCACAGCGGACACUGCCGGCAAGAUUCCCCCACCAAACGCCCGGCUCUCAUCCAGAAGAGGCAGUCGAGCGGCAGUAUGGAUGACCGGCCGUCUCUCUGGGCGCGGGAUUACGUCGAGUCUCUUCAUCAAAACUCCAGAGCCACGCUGCUCUUCGGGAAGAACAAUGUCCUGGUGCAGCCGACAGACGACAUGGAAGCAAUCCCAGGAUACCUCUCUCUUCACCAGACGGCCGAUCUGAUGACGCUCAAAUGGACACCGAACCAGCUGAUGAACGGAAACAUGGGGGAGUUUGAUUAUGAGAAAAGGAUGAUCGUGAAUAUGAUGCUAAUUGACUUUCUCGAUGCUAAAGUGGUGCCGGAGCUCAUGGAUCAGACGGUGAACUUGUGGCAGCCCGCUCCCAGGAAGUCGUCUUGUUCCUCCUGUUCGCAGAACGGCUCGUCAGACGGUGGACUUCCCAACGGAUGCAACCAUGACAGGGCGCCGCUGAAGCUGCUCUGCGAGACCAUGAAGCACCAGAUCAUCUCCCGCGCUUUCUACGGCUGGCUGGCGUACUGCCGUCAACUGUCCACCGUUCGCACGCACCUGUCUGCUCUGGUGAACCCUGCUAUCAUUGAGCCCGACCUCCCUUAUAAUGCCAGAGGCGGUCUGUCUGCAGACGUGUGGAAGACCUUUCUACAGGACAGCACUGCGUACGAGGAGGAGGCGCUGCUCCGGCUGGUGUAUUACGGCGGCGUGGAGCCGUCUCUGCGUAAAGAGGUCUGGCCCUUCCUUCUGGGCCACUACCACUUCAGCAUGAGCCUCGCAGAGCGCAAAGAGGUGGACGAGCAGAUUCGAGCAUGUUACGAGCAGACCAUGAGCGAGUGGCUGGGAUGUGAAGCCAUCGUGCGUCAGCGGGAGAAGGAGCAGCACGCCGCCGCUCUGGCCAAAUGCGCAUCCGGUGCCAGCGUGGACCGCGGCUUGCGCCAAGACUCCACCAUCAGCACGGAUUCGUCUCAGACCAGCAGCAGCAGCUCCGAUAAACAGAGUCACGCCGGAUCACACAGCCAAUCCAACAGCAGCACUCAGGUGUUCGGCUCUGUAGACGAGGCGGACCCGAUCGAAUCUGAGCCCAAACCCAAAGACGAGAAGCCGCAGCCCAAAAUCCCAAACGGCGCUCUGCCCAACUGCACCAGUUCUCCAGACUCCGGACACCCGUCGUCCCGUAACUUCUCCGUGACCUCGGCGCUCUCAGACUGCUCUCCGAGCACAGAGGAGACAUCCACGCAAGAGUCGGGGCCCAAAUCCGCUGGCCAAGGGCCGCCAUCAGGAGACCAGACGGAUGAGAAGACCAAAGAGGAGCGACCAGAAAACCGCUCGACUACUCAGGACACGGUCAAAGAAGAUGCUGUAGAUUCACACACAGAGAGCGCUGCUUCAGAAGCUGCGAUAAAACCUCUGGAAAGUGACAAGCUGCAAACUUCGAACGCAGAGGAAUCAUCUCGGGACAUAGAGUCAGAAGACGCAAACUCAAAAAACGCAGCUGAAAUGAAAAACAGUGCCAGGAAAUCUGAAGAAAAUGACACGAAUGAAUCAAAAGAUCCUGUUGAAGACACAACAAAGUCCACAGAGUCGAAAGAUCCACGACGUGCGUCUUCGCCGUCUGGAGAAGAAAACACAAAAUCUAAGACUGACCCAAAACUGGCUUUGAAAGUGGACGAAGGCCAAGACGCAGACUUCGAAUCGCUGGACAUUCUGAAAAUCUCUCAAACGGAUGAAAACAAGCCUGUGGCUUUGGGAAAACACACAUCUGAACCGCAGAAUGUGACACAAACCCAGAAUGAAGCCGAAACUAUCAGCCGGGACGCCGAUCACAGCAGGACCCGAUCGAUCAUCAGACAAAUGACCGAAUCCGAGUCGGAGAGCUGCGGUCCCAUCACCUCCCUAUCGAAACAAUCUCCAGACAUGUCUGACGACUCGCCCUCGGCGCUGGAAAUGGAGGAGAUUGCUUCGUCGGUGGUUUAUAUGUCCUCGGAGAGCAGCGUGUCCAGGACGCCUCUGAUUUUGGCUCGUCCCGUGGCGCCGGCUCUGGAGCUCUGCAUGGAGCCGGGGGUCAACACAAGUCCGGAGGGAACGGACUCGGCGCUCUCGGAGGAGGAACCGGAGAUGGACAACUUAUUCCCCAAACCAGACUCUCUAGCCGUCACAGGAGACAAGAACGACAUCGCAUCUCCAGUGUCAUCUAUCGGGACGACCUACUCGCAGGAGCUGGUGGACCUGUACACACUCAAUCUGCACCGCAUUGACAAAGACGUCCAGCGAUGUGACAGAAACUUCUGGUAUUUCACCCCGGCCAACCUCGAGAAACUGCGCAACAUCAUGUGCAGUUACGUUUGGCAGCACCUUGACAUUGGAUACGUCCAGGGAAUGUGUGACUUAUUAGCACCCCUGCUGGUCAUCCUGGAUGAUGAGGCCAUGGCCUUCAGCUGCUUCACUGAGCUCAUGAAACGCAUGAACCAGAACUUCCCUCACGGAGGAGCCAUGGACACACACUUCGCCAACAUGCGCUCCCUCAUCCAGAUUCUGGACUCGGAGCUGUUCGAGCUGAUGCAGCAGAACGGCGAUUACACACACUUCUACUUCUGCUACCGCUGGUUCCUCCUGGACUUCAAGAGAGAAAUGGUGUACGAUGACGUGUUCUCGGUGUGGGAGACCGUCUGGGCCGCGCGUUACGCCUCCUCGGAGCACUUCGUGCUGUUCAUCGCGCUGGCGCUGGUGGAGCUGUACCGCGACAUCAUCCUGGAGAACAACAUGGACUUCACCGACAUCAUCAAGUUCUUCAACGAAAUGGCUGAACGGCAUGACAUCCCCAAGCUGCUGCUCAUGGCCCGAGAGCUGGUGCACAAGGUCCAGAUCCUGAUUGAGAACAAGUGAACCAACUUCUGAAGAUGCUCGGUAUCUGUUUUUGGCCUUUAAACAAACCCUCAGCUGAAGUAAAGGCCAAACCAGUGUUGCUUUCAUCUGCCCAGACUUUAAUAUCAAUAUUUAUUAUAUUUCAGAUUAAUUUAUAGAGAAUGCAUAUUGAAAUAGGAAGUCUGAGCAGGACAAAUGUGGCCCUGGAGCACAAAAGCAGUCAU